GCCGCUGCGGAGCUUUCCCCCCCCCCCCCUCGGGCAGGGUGAGGGGCGGCGGGGGGGACUUGGGGGCAGCUGGGUUAGGGACAUUGCCCCCAUGCACUGCCACUCCAAGCAAGGCUCCCAGCUCUGCUCCCCUAGGUGUCCCGGGACACCUGGGUUCAGUGGGUCCCCCCCAGGUGCUCCCGCACGGGGACACGGGCAGGCCCCUUGUGCUCCCGUGCUCAGCCCUGCCUGCUCCCCCCCCACAGGCUGGGCCAUGGCGGGGGCCCCAGCGCCACCCCGUCCGCGGUGCCGAGUGCAGGCCGAAACCCGGCUGGUGCUGGAGGCAUUUCUGCAGGGCCGGGGAGGCGCGGGGGCCCCCGGGCAUGUGGGGCGCAGCUACCACGACCCCCAGCGCUACGCACACAGGCCCCUGCCAGAACAAGCCAGCACUCCCGGGGGGUCCCUGCGCCCUGGCUCCUGGACCCCCCUGCACGAGGACAUCAACCGGGUGGAAGAGCGCAAGCACGGCUUCAAAACCAGCGUGAAGAAGCUGCUGCAGCGUCGGGCCAGCCCCCGUCACAGCCCCCCUGGCCCCCUGCCUGCCCGUGGAGACUCCCUCAAGAGGCAGAAGGGGGGCGAGGGGGAGGAGGGGGGGCGCCGUCGGUACCCCCGCUCCUUCUCCUUCAAGGGGUUGCUGCGGAGGAAGGGCCUGGCCCGAGAGGAGCAGGAUCCCCAUCCCCCCCCAUCCCCCUCCUCGCUGCGCCCCACCUCCCUGCCUGUCACCCCCUGCUACUGCACGGACCUCCCUGCACUGGGACAGCAGGAUCCCACGGCACAAGGCCAGCCACCGCAGGACCCUGCUCUCUAUGCCCAGGCAGCCCAGAAGCUGGACAAACUGCUGAAGCAGCAGCAGCUGAAUAGCCCUGGGAGCGCUAAUGGGGCUCCCUCCCCCAGGCUGGGGGCCAGGACCCCCGGUGUCCAGCUGGGCAUCAGGCACUCAGCUCCGACAGACCACUCCUCGGAGACUGCCAGCGAGCAGCACAGGGAGCAGGUGAUCCAGAGACUCAUCAGCCUCCUGGAAGAGCAGGCUGAGGACAUCAAUCGGGAGAUGGAGACAGACCCCGUGCUGCGCAGCACCUUGUCCCGCAUGUCCUUCCACGGCUUCUCCCAGCUGGCCGAGGCCUUCGCCGCCCGUGCGCCCCCCAGCAGCCCCAGCCCCCAGCUCACGCGCCUGGCACUCACUAUGGAGCUGACCCGGAGAGUGGCUGGGAUCAGCAACCAUGCGGUGCAGACCCUCAUGGGCUACAGCCUCCAGAGAGCAUCGUGGGACAGGAUGAGCUCUUCGACCUCCAGCUCGACUAGGGGGAGGAGGCAGGAUGCAAGUUGGGUUGGGGGGAGGGGAGCUGGCCAUCCACCCCCCAGAAGCCACCGUGAUGGGGUGGCCCCCUAUCUAUGGGGAGGCCCCCUGGCAUUCUCAGGGUACAUCCAGCUGGAGGGGACCCCAAAACAGAUACCUUCCCUGGGGCCAUGGAGGGCCCAUUGUGACCUCUUAUUAAACAUUUAAAAAAUAUUUUUAACAAA